AACGCACCUCCGGGAGGGGCAGGGUGUGCGGCCAGGCCAGCCCUGUCGGUCCCACCCUGUGUGUCAAUAGGAGGCUGGGCCUUAAAAAGCGCCAAGAAGCCUGCGGGGGACAUUCCCUCAUUCCAUCGGCCACACCUGCACCCAGGAGGAAGGAGGGUCGGCGUCCAGCACCAUGACCGAACUGGAGACAGCCAUGGGCAUGAUUAUUAACGUCUUUGCCCGCUACGCGGGUGUGGAGGGCAGCAAGCAGAGCUUGACCAAAGGGGAGCUGAAGGUGCUCAUGGAGAAGGAGCUGCCAGGCUUCCUGCAGACUAAAAGGGACAGGGACGCCGUGGACAAACUGCUCAAGGACCUGGACGCCAACGGGGACGCCGAGGUGGAGUUCAGCGAGUUCAUCGUGUUUGUGGCCGCGCUCACGGCCGCCUGCCACAACUACUUCGAGCGGACGGGGUCGCCCUGACGCCCUGCAGGCCCGGAGACGCGGGGGGGGGGAGCAGGGGGCGGCCCCUGGCUUCCAGAACCCUGGGCGCCGCCGCCCCUGCCAGCAGUAAAAUGCUUGUGAAACGCU